AUGAUGGAUAAGAAGCCCCCUAAGCCGGCCCCUCGCAGGAUCUUCCAGGAAAGGUUAAAGAUUACUGCUCUACCCUUGUACUUUGAAGGUUUUUUAUUAGUUAAGCGGCCAGAAUACCAGGAAUUUAAACAUUAUUGGACAGAGCUGAGAGGAACUACACUUUUCUUUUAUAGCGACAAAAAAAGUACAAUAUAUGUUGACAAAUUAGAAAUAAUAGAUCUUACUUGCCUUACUGACGAGAAUUCAAUUGAACACAACUGUGCAAGAUUCACUCUUGUCUUGCCCAAAGAGGAAGUGCAACUGAAGACAGAGAAUACAGAAAGUGGGGAAGAAUGGAGAGGCUUCAUUCUUACAGUAACGGAGCUGUCAGUUCCGCAGCAUGUGUCACUGCUACCCGGGCAAGUCAUCAGACUGCAUGACGUCCUAGAAAGAGAAAAGAAAAGGCGGCUGGAGACCGAGCCACUGCCUGGUGCAUCUGUUGAAAAAGAGAGAAAAGCAAGUGAAGAUGGUGUGGAUACAAUGAACCCUAUGCCAGGAUGUUUUUAUGUGGUGUCCCGGAAAGAAGCCACGGAGAUGCUGGAGAAGAACCCUUCAUUGGGAAAUAUGAUCCUGAGGCCUGGAAGUGACAAUGGAAACUAUUCCAUCACUAUUCGGCAGGACACAGACCUGCCAAGAAUCAAGCACUACAAAGUGAUAAGGAAAGGGAAAAACUACACGAUUGAACUGGAAAAACCUGUGACACUUCCAAACCUUUUCAGUGUCAUUGAUUAUUUUGUGAAGGAAACUCAAGGAAAUUUAAGACCAUUUAUAUAUUCAGCUGAUGAAAACCUUGGCCAAGAUUCCAAGAUAAAUGGGAAGAGAGAGAGAUUGAAGAAAAAUUCAGAGUUAGUACGCCUUUCUCAAAUCCUGAUGUAG